AUGACAGAAGAAUCAUGGGACGAUGCACAAGCAUCUAAAACAUCUGAACAACAAACGACAUCAACAGGAACGGCACGUUUAGGUAUUGGACGUGGAAAAGCACGACCGGAAACAAAUAAUGAUGAACCACCAUCAGUUUCAAAAUGGAAUAGUAAUACAAGAGAAAGUUCAAGUAGUUUUCGUAAUAAUUAUAAUAAUGAUGAAAAUAAUAAUCCAAAUAGUAGUGGAGGUUUUGGUUCACGAAGUAGUGGUGGUUUUAGUGGUGGACGUGGUGGAACAUUUGGAUCGAAUAAUGAUGGUAAUUCUCGAACAUGCUAUAAUUGUAAUAAGGCUGGUCAUUUGAGUCGAGAAUGUUCUGAACCACGAAAAGAAAAUCGUGGCGGCAGCGGUGGUGGAAACCGUGGUGGUUUCAAUUUUGGCAACAAUCGUGGUGGAUUUAACUCAGGUGGUAGCAGUGAUCGUGGUGGAUUUAACUCAGGUGGUAGCAGUGAUCGUGGUGGAUUUAACUCAGGUGGCAACAUUCGUGGUGGAUUUAAUUCAAAUGGUAACGAUCGUAACAUUGCUUUCACAUCAUCGGCAAACGAUGGAAGUUCAUCGAUGUCUGUAACAUUCCGUAAUUCGAGAAAUCAAUAUGAAAAUGAUAAUAAUGAUACAAAAACAAGUUUUAGUGGUUGGCGAGGUGGUGGAGGAAAUAAAACGGCUAAUAGUAAUGAUUCUGAAGAAUCUAAUAGUAGAAGUACAACAUUUGUUAAUUCAACAAUGCGUGGUGGCUUUAAUAAUGGUGGUAGUGGAUUUCGAGGGGGUCGAGGUGGUGGUGGAGGAGGAUUCAGUUCAGGUGAUCGUGAUGGUCGUGGCGGUGGUGGCGGCAAUUGUUACAAUUGCAAUAAACCUGGUCAUCAAUCUCGUGAAUGUCCUGAAGAAAGAAAACCUCGUGAUGGUGGUGGUAAUAGUUUCGGUAGUUCUGGUGGUCGGAGAAAUAAUAAUCGAGCAUCUGAUGAUAUUUUUGAUCAACCUGGUGGUCGUACUGGUAAUCAACCAAAUGAACGUUAUGUUCCACCACCUCCACCAACUACUGAAGAUGGUAUAUUUGGUGAAGCAGUUACCAGGGGUGAAAACUUUGGAAAAUAUCACCAAACACAUGUUAAAUGUACACCUUCAGACAAAGUAAAACCAAUUGAAUUAUAUGAAGAAGCUAAUCUUGCUACACAAAUUUUAUCAAAUAUUCGUCGUGCUAAUUUUGAAGAACCAACAGCUAUUCAACGUUAUACAAUACCUUGUAUACGACAACAAGAUGAUAUAAUGGCUUGUGCUCAAACUGGAUCUGGUAAAACAGCUGCUUUUCUCUUACCAAUUAUUUCAAAUUUACUUGAAUAUCAUGUGGAUGAAUUAUCUGAAAGCUAUCAUCCACCAUCACCACUUUGUCUUAUUGUUUCACCUACACGUGAACUUGCUUUACAAACUGAACGUGAAGCAAGAAAAUUUGCAUUUCAAACUGCUGUAUUACCUUGUUCUGCUGUUGGUGGUCAUGACAUGUUUGCUGUAUCGGAUCGUCUCCGAGAAGGUUGUCAUAUUCUCUCAGCUACUACCGGUCGUCUCAAAGAUAUGGUUGAAAAAGGCCGAGUCUCAUUAAAAAAAGUUAAAUAUUUUGUUCUCGAUGAAGCCGAUCGAAUGUUAGAUACAGGUUUUGAACCUGAUAUACGUAAAUUAGAAGAUCUUGGUUUACCACAAAAAGAUGAACGUUUUACAUCAAUGUUUUCUGCAACAUUUCCAAAAGAAGUACAACAAUUAGCUAAACAUUUUCUACGUGACAAUUAUGUUUUUCUUGCUGUUGGUAUACCUGGUGGUGCUAAUGAAGAUAUAGCACAAACAAUUGAAGAAGUGCCACAACCAAAAAAAAAAGAUCGUCUUUUUCAAUUACUCGAACAAAAUCUUAAAUCUGAACGUUGUUUAAUAUUUGUUGAAACAAAACGAUCAGCUGAUUAUAUAGCUGCAUUACUUUCACAAAAACAAUUUAUGAGUACAACAAUGCAUGGUGAUCGAACACAAAGACAACGAAAUGAAGCUGUACAACAAUUUACAAGUGGAAAAUGUCCAAUACUUGUUGCAACAUCAGUUGCUGCUCGUGGUUUAGAUUUUCCUUUAAUUGGUUAUGUUGUUAAUUAUGAUUUACCAGAUACAAGUGAUUUUUAUAUUCAUCGUAUUGGUCGAACAGGUCGUGCUGGUCAUUUGGGUAAAUCAAUAUCAUUUUUUGAUCCAGAUCGAGAUUCUGAUCGAAAAAUUGCUCCUGAACUUAUAUUAAAAUUAAGUGAAGCUGGUCAAGCAGUACCUGAAUUUCUUAAAAAAUAUGCUGAUGAUGGUAAUGUUGGAUUUUAUAAUGAUGGUCAUGGUUCACGAACUACUGAUAUGAGAUCUGGACAUAAUAGUUUUGGUAGUCGAAAUCAAGCAAGUGCUCCUACUGGUGGUACAGUUUCUGCUGGUGCGACUAAUGAAAAUUGGGAUUAA